UUCUUUGGAUUCAAUCCUGUUGAUUUCUUCUCUGAUUUUAAUUAUUUCUCUUCUCCUACUAGAUUUGGGUCUGGUUUGCUGUAGAUUUUCUAGAUCCUUGAGGUGAAUUGAAAGCUCAUCUAUUUGGUGCCUUUCCAAUUUCUUGAUGUAGGCACCUAUUGAUAUAAACUUUCCUCUUAACACUGCUUUUGCUGCGUCCCAUAAGUUUUGGUAUGUUGUGCUGUUAUCCUCAUUUACUUCCAGAAAAUUUUUGAUUUCUCUUUUGAUUUCUUCUAUGACCCAUUGUUCAUUCAGGAGCAUGUUGUUCAAUCUCCAUGUGUUUGCGUAUGCUCUAGGGAUUCCUGAGUUGCUAAUUUCCAACUUCAUUCCGCUGUGGUCUGAGAAGCUGCAUGGUAUGAUUCUAAUUCUUGUGAAUUUGCUGAGACUUGCUUUAUGGCCUUUUUGUCCUAGUCAGUUAUUUUGAGGCAGAAAAAUAAGGAGGGUGGCAAGAUGGCGGAAUAGGAAGGGAGCACACUGAUAGUCCGGGGAGUUACAGUUUAAUAAAAGUGGAGAUACUGCAGGUUCAAGGAAGAGUAGGGGAAGAAACAGCAGAAGAAACUCUUCCGGAACUAGUGAUUCACAGUGGACCUGUGUGGAGAGCGUGGGAUCCCACAGUUCGGGACACCAGCGGCAGACUCAACACACCAGCGCUGGAAUGCGAGGUGAACUGAACCUCAAUAGCCCGAGACACCAGCAGGCAAGCAGAAAGAGGAGGCUAGAGGGAACGACCCCGGGGGGAAAAGUUCACCAGGCUAACUAGAAGAGAGAGAGAGGAAAAAAAAGUGACCAAUACGGACACAGGUUUCUCUCUCUCUGCUCACCUCUCAAAGGCGAGUAAGACAAAGAGCAGGCACCAUCUUGGACAUACGUCAUAAGCAGAGCGACCUCAGGUCUGCACCGGCCCUGAGCCUAGCAGAAAAAGCUGACUCUGGGCAGGGUGAAUUAAUAGGAGAUUAGGACCUAGUGAAUUUGUGGUGCUACUGAACUGAGACUGUGAAAAAAGAGAGGGUGGGGGAAAGAACUCACGGAAUUCACGUGAGCACUCUCCAGAGACACUACAAUUCCGUAACUUUGGCAACCCAGUGGGAGACUGAAGGAGAAUUUGAGCCCACUCUGAGGGCAGAACAGAUUCCCUGUGUGGUCCUUGGGAAAGAGCUUCCGAUCUCUGGCUCCUUUGGGUAUAUCAUUUGCCUGCUAACUACCUCCAACUUCGUUCAGCUGUGCGGAAUUACUUCCCUUUUGAAUCAAAAAAAGAAAGAAAGAAAGAAAGAGAGAUCUACCACGCCUAACCUGGGAGUGUCACCUUUGGCACACCAAACAGAGCUCUCAGGCCACACCCAUCUCAGGCCUCUAAGGCUCCAUCAAAAGCAGACAGUACACUUAAUCUAGAGUCAUAGUAUAACAAGAAUAAGUACCACAGUGAAAAAACCAAGUAUCUCCAAUAUACCAAAAAAACAAAUGCAAAAACCGAGGUAAUAAAAACAAGGAAGUCACUAUGAUGCCCCCAAAUGAAAAAGACACCCCAAUUCAAGAUUAUGAAGAUGAUGAGAUAGAAGAAAUGCAAGAAGCAAAUCUCAAAAAAUUUAUGAUAAGAACAUUUAGAAGUUUUCAAAAACAAAUUCUUGAACUACAGAAAUCCUUAAUGGACAAGAUAGAAAAUCUCUCUCGUGAAAAUGAAAUGUUAAGGAGGAAUCAAAAUGAAACGCAGAAACUAGUAGAACAGGAAACUGAUAGUGACGAGAAAUCAUAAUGAAGUGAAGAAUUCAAUAGAUCAAAUGAAAAACACACUAGAGAUCCUUAAAAACAGAAUGGGUGAAGCAGAAGAGUGAAUAUCGGACUUAGAAGACAGAGCACAGGAAAGGAUACGGUCAAACCAAAGAAAAGAAGAGGAAAUUAGAAACCUAAAACAUAUUGUCGGGAAUCUUCAGGAGACUAUUAAAAAAACCAACAUUCGGGUUCUAGGAGUUCCUGAAGGCAUGGAGAGAGAGAAAGGAUUAGAAGGCCUUUUUAGUGAGAUAUUAGCAGAAAAUUUCCCAGGUUUGGAGAAGGACAGAGAAAUCCUAGUACAGGAAGCUCAUAGAACCCCUAAUAAACACGACCAAAAGAGAUCCUCACCACGACACGUUGUAAUUAAACUCUCCACAGUGAAACAUAAAGAAAAGAUCCUAAAAUGUGCAAGAGAGAAACGUCAGAUUACUCUCAGAGGAUCUCCAGUCAGACUCACAGCUGACUUCUCAUCAGAAAUCCUACAAGCUAGGAGGGAAUGGCGAGAUAUAGCCCAGGUACUAAGAGAGAAAAACUGCCAGCCCAGAAUAUUAUAUCCUGCAAAGCUAUCAUUUGUGAAUGAAGGUGAAAUAAAGACUUUUCAUAGCAAACAGAAAUUGAAAGAAUUUGUCGCCACUCAUCCAGCCCUGCAAAAGAUGCUUAACGAUGUGUUGCACACAGAAACACGGUCAUCAAUAUGAAAUAAGAUAAAGGAAGGAAAGCUCACAGCAAAAGAUCACAGGGAAUUCAAAGCAUAUAUUAGAACUUAUCUUUGGCAAAUGGCAGGGCAAAGUUACCACUUAUCAUUAGUCACAUUGAACAUUAAUGGCCUGAACUGUCCAGUUAAAAGACACCGAUUGGCUGAUUGGGUUAAGGAACAAAACCCAUCUAUUUGCUGCUUACAAGAAACACAUCUUUCCAACAAAGAUGCAUACAGACUGAAAGUGAAAGGCUGGAAAAAGAUAUACCAUGCCAACAGCAAUGAAAAAAGAGCGGGCGUAGCCAUCUUAAUAUCAGACAACAUAAACUUUACCACAAAAACUGUUAAGAGAGACAAAGGGGGCACCAUAUAAUGAUUAAGGGAUCAAUUCAACAGGAAGAUAUAACAAUUAUCAAUGUAUAUGCACGUAAUUACAGGGCACCAGUUUAUUUAAAAGAUUUGUUAAGGGACUUAAAGGGAGACUUAGACCCCAAUACAAUAGUACUGGGGGACUUCAAUAGUCCACUCUCAGAAAUAGACAGAUCAACAGGACAGAAGAUCAACAAGGAUACAGUAGAUUUAAACGACACUAUAGCCCAAAUGGAUCUAACAGAUAUCUACAGAACUUUCAAUCCUACAGCUAAAGAUUUUACAUUCUUCUCAGCAGUACAUGGAACCUUCUCUAGGAUUGACCACAUAUUUAAUAUAUAUAUCCAAAGUACAGCUUAUGGAGUACAAUAGCUUCCCCCUUAUAAUGUCCCUCCCACCUGCAACCCUCCCCUUUCCUGCUCCCUCUCCCCUUGCAUUGACAUCAAGAUUCAUUUUCAAUUCUCUUUAUAUACAGAAGAUCAGUUUAGCAUAUAUGAAGUAAAGAUUUCAACAGUUUGCACCCACAUAGAAACACAAAGUGAAAAAUACUGUUUGAGUACUAGUUAUAACAUUAAAUCACACUGUACAGCACAUUAUGGACAGAGAUCCUGCAUGAGGAGUAAGUACACAGUGACUCCUGUUGCUGACUUAACAAAUUGACACUCUUGUUUAUGACAUCAGUAAUCACCCUAGGCUCUUGUCAUGAGUUGCCAAGGCUAUGGAAUUCUUUUGAGUUCACCGACUCUGAUCAUAUUUAGACAAGGUCGUAGUCAAAGGAAGUUCUCUCCUGCCUUCAGAGAAAGAGAAAAGCAGAAAUCUGAAUAUAAGGAUAGAAAAGUUCUAGAAAUUCUGCAAGUCAAGGAUGCUAAAAUACAAGAAUUGGAACAGAGAGAAUCAGUACUAAAGCAGGAAAUAAAUGACCUUGUAAAGAAGAAGAUUGCAGUAGAUGAAGAAUAUGCUUUCUUAAGGGAAGAAUUCAGCAACUUGCAGAAGAAAUUUAAAGAUAAAAGUCAAGAAGUUAAGGACGCUAAGGAGCGUGUACAGAAUAAAGAAGAACAAAAUAGACUGGUUAUAAAAAAUCUGGAGGAGGAAAAUGAGAAAUUAAAUAUCCGCUGCACUGACCUGCUAAAUGACCUGGAGAAACUGAGGAAGCAGGAAACACAUUGGAGAAAAGAAAAACACAGCACUGAAGCAAAAAUAAAGGCCUUUGAAGACAACUUAAUUGAAGCAAAGAAAGAAAUUGAAGCAUCACAGAGUAAAUAUAAUGCCCUAUCAUUACAGCUGAAUAAUAAACAGACUGAACUCAUCCAAAAGGAUAUGGACAUUACCCUGGUUAGGAAAGAAUUGCAGGAGCUGCAGAAUCUUUACAAACAGAACAGUGCACACACAGCACAGCAAGCAGAGCUGAUCCAGCAGCUUCAGGUUCUCAAUAUGGACACACAGAAAGUACUGAGGAAUCAGGAAGAUGUUCAUACAGCUGAAAGUAUAUCCUAUCAAAAACUUUACAAUGAAUUACAUGUUUGUUUUGAAACUACAAAAUCAAGUGAAGCUAUGCUGCGGCAAAGUGUUGUUAAUCUUCAGGAUCAGCUGUUUCAAAAAGAGCAAGAAAACGCUAAAUUAAAAGAAGAACUUCAGGAAUCACAAAGAGCACACUACACGUUACCUCAAGAAAGUGAUUCAGACCACUCAGCACAGGCAUCUCAGCAGCCAUCUUUAUCAAGUUUAGAAACAUUAAUGGUCUCACAGAAGUCUGAAAUUGAGUAUUUACAGAAGAAACUGGAAGUAGCAAAUGCAAAACUUUCAGAGGACAGAACUGCUAACAAGGGUUUCUCAGAGAAGAGCACCAUGUCAAGUGCUGAAGGAAUGCAUAAGGUAGAGACAUUUUGUGAAUUUGUAAGGAUGAGCCCGGCAAGGCAAGAGGAACCACCUGUGAAACGUUCAAGGUCUUUGUCCCCAAAGAACUCUAUUACAGACUCAGAGGAGCUAAGGAAGCUGAGAAAAGCUGAAAGAAAGAUUGAAAACUUAGAGAAGGCACUGCAACUAAAGAGCCAAGAAAAUGAUGAGCUAAGAGAUGCCCAUGAAAAACGCAAGGAAAGGCUACAGAUGUUACAGACCAACUACAGAGCAGUAAAAGAGCAAUUAAAACAGUGGGAGGAAGGCAGUGGCAUGGAUGAAAUCAGAAAAAUGAAGAGAGCAGAUCCCCAACAACUUCGACAAGAAGAUUCUGAUGCUGUAUGGAAUGAACUGGCAUAUUUCAAAAGGGAGAACCAAGAACUAAUGAUUCAAAAAGUGUCUUGGCUUUCCAUGCCUGAAAUACUCUCAUGGGCUUUUCAGCUGGAUCCGCAUGCCUUAAGGGCUGAUUCUGAGGCCAGAGUGCUGUUUAGGACAUCUGCCAUCCUAUUGAAUCUUCAAGAAGAAUUGGAUCAACUAAAAGUACAUAUAUCUAUUGAUAAGGCAACAAUACAAGAGUUGAACAGAUUUAUAGCAGAGAAAAGAGAAGAACAACUCUUCAGAUAUGGUGAAGAUGAUGGGGUCAAGAAGAGUACUACAGAGAAGAAUGAGAAAGAAAUGUUGGAGCAGACAUUACAGAAGGUCAUUGAGUUGGAAAAUCGGCUAAAAUCUUUUGAGAAAAGAUCGAGGAAAUUAAGAGAGGGAAAUAAAAAAUUAAUACAAGAAAAUGAUUGCCUGAAAUCCCUCUUACAACAGCAGCAAGAAGAUGCAGACACCAGAGAAAAAGAGCUAGAACAGCUCCUAAAGGAGAGUAAAGAUGUAGAAAAAGACAAAACUGAACUUCAAGUAAAAAUCAGUGAGCUGGAGAGAGAAGUCACUUCCCUGAGGAGACAAGUGGCAGAAGCUAAUGCAUUGAGAAAUGAAAAUGAAGAGCUGAUGAAUCCAACAGAGAAACCGCACCAUUCAGCUGACAAAGUUAAACCUGAGAUGGCCAUCAUGGAUGUGAGAUCUGGGCAAUAUGAUUGUAAAACAACUACUACCAAGGUUAAAUUUAAAGCUGCCAAGAAAAAGUGCUCUGUGGGUCGUCACCACACUGUUCUCAAUCACUCCAUCAAGGUUAUGAGCAAUGUGUUUGAGGACCCUAGCAAGGACGGCUGGCAGGAUGUGAGUGAAAGCAGCAGUGAUUCUGAAACACAGACUUCUCAAAGUUUGGGAACAAUUACUGUGGAAACAUCUCAGAAAAUAAGCCCUAUAGAAGAUGGAAGAGACCAGAAGGAAACUGACCAAAUAAAAUAUAGACAAAUACAAGGAAAAGAAAUAGUACAAACACAUUCAAGUAUGGAUUGCAAGACCACAAAGAACACCAAAAAGCCAGCUUCUCAAAAGAAGAGUAGUAAUAUGCAAAAGAACCCAUAUACAACAAUUCCUACUAGAGUCACCAGAGAAAAGUACAGAAGUAUAACUGCCCAGAAAUCAAGUAGCAAUCUUAUUUUAUUACGAGAACGGAUUAUAUCCUUGCAACAGCAAAACACUAUACUUCAGAAUGCAAAAAAAACUGCGGAAUUAUCUGUUAGAGAAUAUAAGGAAGUGAACGACAAACUCCUUCAUCAGCAGCAAGUAUCUGAUCAACGAUUUCAGACGAGCAGACAGACAAUAAAGAAGCUAAACUCAGAUUUGGCUGGGCUUCGAAAAGAAAAAGAAGAUUUACUAAAGAAAUUGGAGUCCUCAUCUGAAAUCACAAGUUUAGCAGAAGAAAUUUCCCGGGUCACAGUUCCACGGGUACAGGUUACAUCACUUGGUCCUUCAAGGAGUGUGGAUAUGGAAAUGAAGCAAUUGCAGUGUAAACUAAAGAAUGCAACUAAUGAACUCACUAAGCAGUCAUCAAAUGUGAAGUCUCUGAAAUUUGAACUCUUAGCGAAAGAAGAACACAUAAAGGAAAUACACGAAAAGAUGUCUCGAAUGGAGAGGGAUAUAACUAUGAAAAGACAUUUGAUAGAAGACUUGAAAUUUCGACAGAAAGUAAAUUCAGAAAGUAAUGAGAGUUUUAAUGAAAUGUUAGAAAAUCUUGAAAAAAAGGUAAAGACAUUAACUGAAGAAUGUUCCAACAAGAAGAUAUCAAUUGAUUCACUAAAGCAAAGACUUAAUGUUGCUGUAAAAGAAAAAUCACAGUAUGAACAGAUGUACCAGAGGACUAAAGAGGAACUAGAAAAAAAGGAACUCAAGCUUACUAUCCUAGCAUCAAAAAUAAAUGAGACUGAAACUGCGAUGGCAGAAAUUGAAACAGCAGCCUCUAAGCAACUUCAAGGAUUAGCACUGCAAAGUGAGCAGGUCCUCGAAGGGGCACAGAAGAAGCUGCUGAUAGCCAAUGAGACAGUGGAAGAGUUCAGGAUAUUUGUAAAGGGUUUGGUCAAAGAGUUACAAAAAGAGGUCCAUGUGAUAAGAAGACAAAUCAGAGAGCUAAAAAAAAUGCAGAAAAACAGGGUUGCUUGUAAAACCUCAACCCAUAAAGCCCAGACCUUGGCAGCUUCUAUCCUGAACAUUUCACGGUCAGAUCUAGAGGACAUAUUGGACACAGAAGAUGAAGAGGAAAUUGAAAAGACAAAAAUGGAUGCUGAAAAUGACAAGGAAUGGCUGUUGUACAUUCAGAAACUUCUUGAAGGACAGCUUCCUUUUGCUUCAUAUUUACUAGAAGCAGUACUGGAGAAGAUAAACGAAAACAAGAAACUAGUUGAAGGAUAUUUCACAAUUAUGAAAGAUAUUAGAUGAUGUUAUAAUAGAACACGUCUUCCCAAA